AUGCAGCCCCUCGACCUGCCUAGGAGUACCCACCUGGAGAGCCUGGUCUUUGCAGCCCUGCCCAGUCUGCUGCUAGUACUGCUGGGUCUGCUAGAGGCAGCUAGCGGUUGUCCCACUGUGUGCAUCUGCAACAGCAACGGCACAGACUGUACAGGCCUGGCUCUGCUCUCCCUAACCACCGUCCUGCCUCUGCUGCCCCAGGACACCCGCACCCUCCUCCUGCCCCACAACAACCUCUCCUCCCUGGGCGACGGGGACCUGUCCAACCUCAGCGCUCUGGAGCUCCUGGACCUCUCUGACAACCACCUCUCCAGCCUGCAACCAGGGUCAUUCUCCGACCCCAGUAACCAGACGGAGGUUACCCAGUGUAACGGUAGUCACUGGGGGUUAAGCCGAGAGCUGUUCCAGGGUCUUUGGAUACUGAAAGGGCUGGACUUGUCCCUGAACGGCCUGGUAGUUUUUCCCAAUGGGCUGCUGGACGGGCUCCAGGGCCUGGCCUGGCUGUCUCUGACUGGGAACAAGCUGCGGAGCCUGGACAGAGCCACCUUCCAGCCCCUGGGCAGCCUGCUGAGCCUCCAACUGGCAGGCAACCCUUGGGAGUGUGACUGCAACCUGAGGGACUUCAAGCACUGGAUGGAGUGGCUGCUGUACAGACACGGGCAGGUGGAUGCUGUGAAAUGCAACCUACCCAAGGAGCUGAGGGGGCGGGACAUCCGCAGCAUCCCCAUAGAGAUGUUCAACUACUGCCUGCAGUUGGAGAACCAGGCCAGGGUCCCUGGCUACGAUGGGCCCCGUGGGGGGCGGAUCAACGGGCUCAUGAACGGGCCCCAGGCCAACCAAGAAGACUGUGUACGCCAGCGCUACCGGCCCAUUAGCGUGCGCAGGGCCUGGGGGACUCAGAUCGUGGCGGCGUGUGUGUGUGGUGUGGUGUGUGUGAUGAUGGUGGUGGCGGCCACCUACGGCUGUAUCUACGCCUCUCUUAUGGCCAAGUACCAGAGGGAGCUGAAGAACACAUGGCAGCCAUUGAUGGCUGGGGAGGGAGGGGGGGAGACAGACGUCGAGGACGGCGUCUUUCCUUCCUCCCCAACAUCCCCAGCUGAGCCAGAACCAGAGUCCAGUCCCAUAGUCCACACAUACAGAAUAACAGGCUUUUGA